AUGAUCCAGAAGAAAAUCCACCACACCUACCAUCUACAGUUUCUUAAAGAUGUUGUUCUUGCGCGCGUUCUCGACAACUCCACCUUCAAUGUCCUCAACUCCUGCAUUAUCUUCAACCAAAUCAACAUAAUCAACCAUGUCCAGCAGGAUACUAUGUUUCUUCACAAAAUAUUGUCACUAUAUGUGAACGAGGAGGUUUUGACAGGAGGGAAAGACAAGGAUGAGAAGUGCGAGGAUAUGGAUGUUGACAGCAAACCAAAUGGCACCUGUGCAAAUGGCUCAACCCCAAGGCCUUUCUCAUUCAGCCCACCAGAUAAUCUCUCGGAGCAUGAGUUGACCCUCCAUAGAGAAGUAUUGGUGCUUAUACAGCAGCUUUGCAUCAUGGGUAAAAAUGUGCCACUUGCUGCUUGUAUCUCCCUCUUUCGAUCCCUUGUCAAUUGGGGUAUCCUAUUUGCUGUCCAGUGGGCAUUCUCACUUUCAGAGAAUGACCCAGAAGUGAAAACAACAAUCAGCAUUGCAGAACUCCUAUUCAAACCAUUCCACGACAUCCCUGAUUUCAAGACCCAGACUGAGCCAGUGUUGAAGCUUUCACGCGAGAAGACUAACCUUUACCUAUACUUAUCCAACUUAGUAUGCAACUUUGCUCAACAGCAUGGCUUCCGCAUUCAUUUUUCCAUGCUUUCCUCUAACAUCUCUGCUUGUAUGGCCUCAUUCCUCAAAGCCUGGGACAAGCACUUACAUCUCGGUACAUCUCGUUCAUAUCAUGUACUGCUUUUCACUUUUUCCGAAUAUGCCUUCUUCAUUUUCUGUGCUAAUGUUAUGGGUUCACCAUACGGAUCGGCUUCUCCUGUGACAAUCGAUCCAGAGACGGGAAAGCCUUAUGGCCCAGAAUUCCCUCAGACAUUGAUACACGAUGACAUACUGCAUAAGCUCAUUCUUGAUCAUCUUGAGAUUUCUAGUGUCGCUGUAGUCAUUGGAGGCUCCAUGGGCAGAAUGGCUGUACUCAAAUGGCCUCUGUGCACCCCUCCAGGUUAUGUCCACCAUAUUAUUACUUUGGUUACAUCUGCACGACACUCUGCAUGGUGUAUCAGUUGGGGAGAGGCACAAGGUCAAAGCAUUUACAGCGAUCCACUUUAUGACAACAGAUACUAUACAAAACAGCCUUCAAUGGGUGUGACUGCUGCUCGGAUGGCCACACUUUUAACCUAUUGGUUGCACAACUCUUUUGAGAGUCACUUUGGACGUCGCCCUCAAGUUACCCCUGUCCCAGAAUCUAGCGCUGAACUCACGACACACAUACCUGAUGCAGAACUUGUAGUCAUCCCAUCACCUGAUGGCCAUGACGGCUUCCUCCUCGAAUUCAAGCAAAUCAACAAGCAUAUUCUUAGGUUUCUUAGAAGGGAGUUUCCAGGUUUAUAUGAGAGAGGUGAAGAGGAUUUUUCCAAGGGGGACUUUGUAAUCAAGAAAUGA